CGCCCGCCCCGCGCACCCCGGGCCGCCAUGGCCUCUGCCGCCGGGACCCAGCGCCGGCCCAGGCUCUGACCGGGGCGGCCGGAGAGGGACUCACCGCGGUGCCCAGUGACCUGACCCCGGAGGAACGGCAGGAGUUAGAGAACAUCCGCCGGAGAAAGCAGGAACUGCUGGCUGACAUCCAGAGGUUGAAGGAUGAGAUCGCAGAAGUAGCCCAUGAGAUUGAGAACUUGGGGUCCACGGAAGAGAGGAAAAACAUGCAGAGGAACAAGCAGGUCGCCAUGGGCAGGAAGAAGUUCAACAUGGACCCCAAGAAGGGGAUCCAGUUUCUCAUCGAGAACGACCUGCUGAAGAGCACGUGCGAGGACAUCGCACAGUUCCUGUACAAGGGCGAGGGGCUCAACAAGACGGCCAUUGGGGACUACCUGGGGGAGAGGGACGCUUUCAACAUCCAGGUGCUUCACGCCUUCGUGGGGCUGCACGAGUUCACCGACCUCAACCUCGUGCAAGCGCUACGGCAGUUCCUGUGGAGCUUUCGACUGCCGGGGGAGGCGCAGAAGAUCGACCGCAUGAUGGAGGCCUUCGCCCAGCGCUAUUGCCUGUGCAACCCUGGGGUCUUCCAGUCCACGGACACCUGCUACGUGCUGUCGUUCGCCGUCAUCAUGCUCAACACCAGCCUGCACAACCCCAACGUGAAGGACAAGCCGGCCGUGGAGCGCUUCAUCGCCAUGAACCGCGGCAUCAACGAUGGCGGGGACCUGCCCGAGGAGCUGCUGCGGAACCUAUACGAGAGCAUCCGGAAUGAGCCGUUCAAGAUCCCCGAGGACGACGGGAACGACCUGACUCACACCUUCUUCAACCCCGACCGCGAGGGCUGGCUGCUGAAGCUGGGAGGUGGCCGGGUGAAGACGUGGAAGCGACGCUGGUUCAUCCUCACAGACAGCUGCCUGUACUACUUCGAGUACACCACGGACAAGGAGCCCCGCGGCAUCAUUCCGCUGGAGAACCUGAGUAUCCGUGAAGUGGACGACUCCAAGAAGCCGAAUUGCUUCGAGCUCUACAUCCCCGACAGCAAAGACCAGGUCAUCAAGGCGUGCAAGACAGAGGCGGACGGGCGGGUGGUGGAGGGGAACCACACAGUCUACCGCAUCUCGGCGCCCACGGCCGAGGAGAAGGACGAGUGGAUGAAAAGCGUCAAGGCAGCCAUCAGCCGGGACCCCUUCUAUGAGAUGCUGGCAGCACGCAAGAAGAAGGUCUCAUCCACCAAGAGGCACUGAGGCAGCCACGUGGGCUCCGCUGAAGGCCCGAGAGACGUGGGGGGCCCUGCUUCUCCCCUGCUCUGCACCCAGGACCCCCACAUGGCCGUUUGCACUCGGGGCUCCUGAUGUAGUUCUACCCCGUGCCCCAGUCUCUCAGCCUCUACCUUCGAUGUGGUCAGUGACCGAGGGAUGGGAGAGGAGCUGCGUCCCAAGCGAAGAUGAGGCCGACGGAGCCUGCUGGGUUGCCUGCCCUCCUCCCCCGGCCCUGGGGCGCAUCUGGGGGCACUUCUGGAGGAGGAGGAGGCCCUGGGGCAGCCCCAGCCCAGCAGUGAGGACUCGGGAUUUGACAGGGUCGGCCGAAGCUUCGGGGCACAGCAGGCUCCUCCUUUCUUCCGAGCCGCUUUUCCAUUCCAAGUGCCUGGAGAGCACUGUGGGGGCAGUCCUGUGUAGGGCGGCUCCUCUCGGACCCUUGCUCGAAGAGCUCGCGUCCACCCGCCACGACUAACCAAAGCCACGGGCAGCCCCACUUGCUCCCCCAGGCCGUUUCAGAGGACGGAGCAGGUCUGGCUGCCCAGGGCCUGCACUUGUCACCUCCGGGUAGGCCCCAGGCGGACUGGGGCCCAGGGGCGCCCGCAGGCCGGGAUGGGGAUCGAGGGGGGCUGUGCCCCUCUGCCUCCCCGCAAGACCCCGACUUCUGGGCGAGGCCGCGAAAGCACGGCUUCUUCACUCAGGGACUCUGGGCAGCCCCUGUCCAGCCCAUGUACCCCCACACCCUGCAAGGGAUGCCCUCGCCUGCAGGUGGCGCUCAUCUCUGGAAAUCGCUUUUGUAGACCAGCCCCUGGGGUGCGGGGUCGUUCCCCCCAGUCAUGCACGUCCUUCCCCUGGGAUGGCCAGGCCCAGCCUGGGGUGCUGGAGUGUGGGGCCGUGACCACGGUGACUGGGCCAGCCUACAGCCCCUCACUGUGCUCAGCUCCCCGAUGACCCAGGGCGCACUGGGCCAUGUGACCUAUUUAUCAGAGUUGUAAAUAAUCCAUGUAUAGUUUUCUCUUUUAGAUUAUUUUGUAUUUGUUUAAAAAAAGUUUUGUCAAAUAUAAACUAUAAAGAGAUGA